CAAUAUGGCAGCGCCCAUGGACGGUCGCGAGGACAGACUUACAUGUAAGGCGAAGCAGGUUUUCAAAGGAACAGAUUUCGUGGAACUUUCUCCUAGUGAUUGGUGUUUGUUGGUGUCUAAAAGGGUGGAGGUAAUAAGUACAGACAGUAAAAGUCACACUGGAUGGAUAUUUACGGUAGAUCCUGUUUCUCGGAGCAUUGUGCUUGCAGACUUCCCCGAUAACCAGCGAGCUAUGACAGAGGUCAUCAUGGGUCAUGCUAUCCACACCGUGACCCUCGUCGGUGAUCCCACACCUCAGUGCCUGGACAGACUGAAUGGUUUGCUCCAAUCCGGCGGACAAAGCGACAACUUGUCAGCCGAGGAGAUAGCUCAGCGGAAGACUGAUCUCAAACAAUGGCUGGAGAAGCAUCACAUUCCAGUGGCACUGUCGGGGGAGAACAGUGACCUCCUGAGCAUAGCCGGAGCGCUGUACAUUGAACCGCCAUACGGUGUACAGAACUGCGUGAGUGCCAACGAGAUCAUUCUGGCACGAGUGCAAGCAUUAAUACAAGCCAAACCAGAACUGUCCAGCCCGAGAACUUGCAGUAAUGAAAACUUCCAUGUAUGAUGAAGACUUCCUCUUCCAAGGUCCAACUUUCCUCAUCACAGCCAGAGACCUGUUGCCAGUUGGUCACAUGUGGAUUCUGUGCAUGAAUGAGACUGCGAUUGUUGGUUUGCCAUUCAAAAAGUCACUAGCCUAUUUGAAGUAUGGCAGACACAACAGAGGGGCGCCAUUCGGUUUUGAUGAAAUCUUCUGUAUUUACUCCAAAUUUCCCCACUUCAAAUGGUAUCCUCUAAUUGUGUCUGCCAUGUUUCAAAACCCUCAUUUGGUUUUAAAAUAGUAUAAAGUGUUGCAAGAAAGACCUACAUGAUUUUCCACCUAAAUGCAGGAAAACCAGAAGGGUCUUCAGCUUGCACCAGGCAUGCAGUGGGGCAGUGGCAUUCAUUUCUUGGCCCAUUCCUUCUUUUUAACCCAUGAGGGAGCCCUUGCCCACAGAGGAUUCAGUAGCCAACAGCAGACACCAUUGUUCAGUUUGUUGACAGAAAGAGUUCCAUGACUAGACAUCACUUGACAUCUUGUACAAAAACCCUGUGAGACUGGUUUGAAAGAUUUUAAGUGUUCUCAGGGUCAGUUUAGUAUUUCUCUGAGUAAUGCUUUGUGAUUUCCCCUCUAAAUGUGACUCUCUAAGAAAUAUACUGGUAACUGCUUUUUGAUGGCUGAUGUGUCACAGGGGAAUAUUUGUGAUUUCCCUGUGUGGAAUUUUCCCUUGUGUUGAUAUACAUGUACACAUCAUUAGAGUGUGAAUAGGACCAAGGACAGAUGUGGCUUUGUACAGGUAUAUGUGCAUGUAUGUGUACUUCUAACAUGGGCAUUAUGAUAAAUAGUGGAGGGUUGUGGAGUCUGAUAAGUACACCCUUGCCUUUUGAAGAGCCGUGUUCUAUGCACUUAUAUGACUGUACAAGUGAAUUUCCAUUCACCAUGGAAUGGUGAAUGGAACAACUGCCAGUGGCUUUCAACAGAUUUUGUAUUGAGGAAGUUAGACCCCAGCCAGUAUUUCUUUACAUUGGGCUUCAUGCACUUGCAAUUUGCAGUGCAAUGAAUGAACCAUUGAGUUUCAGUACCGCAGAUGAAUUUCUACAAAUAUGGAUACUUUACUGUACAAGUGCAAUGGAACAUUCUAUUGGUCAUCGAAUAGAAUCACUCUUUCCACUGCGUGAAUGUAAGACAGUAGGUAUUUGUUUAAUACCACUCGAAUAAAUCAGGAAUAAAUCUUCUGUAGAGAGUCAUGUUCUAGCCACGUACACAUGUACACGACUGUACAAGAGAACUUCCA